AGGCAGGCCCAGACCCUGGUCGCACCCCAGGUCGGCUACUCUGCUAACGUGGGACUGCUGCGCUCCUGCCGCCGCUACCGCCACCUCUAAGCGCUGGCGUGACUCCCAGCCCGUGCCCCGCCCUCCCGCGUUCGCAGCCGGCUCGGCUUCCUGCCCGCCCAGACGCCGCUCCUCCCGAGCUCCGGGUCUCGGCUCCGCGGAGGGAGAGGAAAUGAGUGCGGCCGCGGCGCCGGAGCGCGGUUGGAAGAGCGAGAAAGUGGACGAGGCUCAGGCCCUGGCGCGGAGUUGCGCCGCCCGCAGACCCGACUUCCAGCCGUGCGACGGGCUCUCAAUCUGUGCCACGCACAGCCACGGCAAGUGCUUCAAGCUGCACUGGUGCUGUCACCUCGGAUGGUGUCACUGCAAAUACGUGUAUCAACCGAUGACCCCCGUGGAACAGCUUCCAAGCACUGAGAUUCCCGCGAAGCCUCGGGAACCCACAAACACCAUUCAGAUCUCAGUCUCCCUCACUGAACACUUUUUGAAAUUCGCAUCUGUCUUCCAGCCUCCCCUCCCCCCUGAUUCACCAAGGUACUGUAUGAUUUCAGACCUCUUUAUUGACAACUAUCAGGUUAAAUGUAUUAAUGGGAAGAUGUGUUAUGUGCAGAAGCAGCCAGCGCCACAUUCCCACAAAAUUUGCCCCGAGGAGGUCUCUGCACACGAUGCCUUAAUAUCAAAAGAGAGCAGUACGCCAAAAAUAGAUCACUGCUCUUCUCCCUCAAGUUCUGAGGACUCUGGGAUCAAUGCAGUCGGGGCUCACUAUGUGGAGUCGUGUGAUGAGGACACAGAAGAAGGAGCAGAACUGAGUUCAGAGGAAGAUUACAGUCCAGAGAGCAGCUGGGAACCAGACGAGUGCACCCUUCUCUCCCCUUCGCAGUCUGAUCUGGAAGUGAUCGAAACAAUAGAAACCACUGUGUGAGCGUCCAGGCAGGAAGCCACGUCCUCUGAUCCAUGCUGAGCUUUUGUACUUUUGUCUUAUGGAUCCUUUUUCCAAUGCAGUCGAUGUUUUCUACCCCUCUCUAACAACCAUACCAGUUCAGUGAACUAGAGAUGUUCCACAGGAUUCUAAAUAUCAGAUGCUCCUGGAUCUCAAUAUAGCCUUUUCUAAAUAAGCACAAACAAGAAUUCUUUUUUUUGUCCUAGCACUGUUAAUAAUUAUCUGAAAAUCAUAUAUGAUUGAACCAGAAUUGUUUCUCUAAUGCUUGCAUUCCAAAAACAACUGAUAAGGAUAUAAAAAUACGUAGUUUCAACUUAAAUUCUAGGCCUGUUCUGUUCUGUAUUAUAUGAAAGAAUUUCUCUGUAAUCCUGAUACCGUAUUCCUCAUUUGUAUAAGCAUAUUUAUAGGCACUUUUAGAAAAUGUUUAGACUGCAGUGUGUACUAUAGAUAUAGAACACAGUUAUGUUAAAUAGGUUUUUGAUUAAUACUUGUACAUUGAGAGAUAUGAAAGCUUUAUAAUUUGGACCUUUGCUCACUUGGGGCAAGGAGUUGGGCUGUGUGGGUGGAAAAACUGCUUUCUUGGGCUUUUAUCAAAAACUGGCACCAUUCCCACUUUUUGAAAGUUGACGUAAAAAGCUGUUAGGUAGAACAUACAAAAUAAGUGCUGUGUGGAAUUUAGCUUUCUUAUCUAACCAAGAUUUCUUUUAGAAUUUUCAAGUUUCACACGUGUUCAUGACUUUUCUGAGAAAUGACAAAGCAGUUAAAAUGCUUUUGUCAUUAUAACUGUUUGGUACAUUAACAACUGAAGCUUUGCAAUCAAAUCUAGGUAUUUUCAAGAUUUGAAAUGCAAAUUUGAUGAAAACCCUGAAGAAAAACAGAUGCUUUCCUGGAAGGGGAAGACCUGUAGUUCAAGGUAAUACAGCACAAAAUGAAACAGAAAAUAAAAUCACCCAAACCAGAACAAAACCAUGAAGUUGUUUUCCUGAGGUACUUUUUGGAUUUGAUCUAGGAUUUGAUUUUAUCUUGGGAGUGGUGGUUUUAUUUCUUAAUCUCUACUUCCUGGCCUAUUUGAAACAUCAAAGUUCUUUCCGGGCGAUCAUAAACUCCUUUUAUGCAAAUUUCUCUACUUGGGCAAUAGGAUGCAACCAGAUAAUUUAGAAAGCUGUCAAAAUAUCCAA